UCGAAACUAAAAUCUCCACCUCUGACAUUUUACAACACAAAUAAUUGCUAUUAAACCAAGCGAAUAUAUUACAUUUCUCGAUAAAGUGUAACAAUUCACAACCAAACAUUUAAGAAAAUCGGUAAAAAUGUUGCCACUACGUCCCAAGUUGGGAACUGAGAGUUCCAAAGAAUGGAUAUGCUGUUUCUGUGUCCAUGUCCGCACUGGCACUGUUUUGCUUGGCAUGUGGCAUCUGAUGCUGCAUUUAUUAGCGCUAGCAUUUCUGGCUGCGAUUGUACGCGACCCGAGGCUGAUGGCAGAGUUUGAGCGUGAUUCUUCUCCGACUAGCAGUAUCGAAACUCGUCCGACGCCGUUUUCGCAGCAAGGAACUCUUCCACGAGAUAAUAGUCUUAUUUACCAUGAUGUGGAUGUAGGUGCGCUGGUGACAGUGUGCACACUGGCUGUUACACUCAUGCUGAUAUACGGAGCUUCGCGCGGCAAACCGGCCCAUCUGCUGCCCUUCUUCUGCUUGCAGAUAUUCGACUUUGCCAUAACGGUAUUGACAGUAACGGGCUACCUGUGCUACUUGCAAUCCAUUCACCGGUUGGUAGAGGACGCUAAGCAUGUGCCGUGGCGCGAACAGCUUCGUGCUUUGCCUGCUUCAGUACUCGUGAUGGUCAUUUUGGGACUCUUCGCCGCCGCCAUUUUGCUCAAGGCCUACUUCAUCAGCGUCGUGUGGAGGUGCUACAAAUUCCUGACGAUGCGCACUCACGCGAUGCACGCCAUCACUCCUUACGUGAUCGCUUCGUCCCGAUCUCGUGUGCUGCCCUGCCCGCCCCCCACCUCCGGUGCAUCCGCCAUGCCCGCCUACUCCAGCCUGUUGCCGGACUACGAGGAGGCUGUCAAGCAAACCCCCCCACCGUCUUACCGCGCCGCUACUCUCAUGACGUCUGACCCUGCCGAUGCUGCUAAUCCAACACAAGCCCCGAAGGAGCAGAACCAACCGCCAGUGUCCAACACCGUAGUGAUGCUGCCUCCGCUAGGGGAGCAAGUCCGCAGAAUAGAAGAGAAAAGAAGAGCGGUUAAGCCGGAAAGUAUUUCCAACCAGACAGAGAGUGGAUUUGCCGAUAAGGGGCGCAUACUCGUGACGACUCUUGUGCUUAGUGAAACUCGGGAGCCAACCAUGGCGUCCACAAUGCAGCUCGAGUUUACACAGGCUAUGACCGACUUCAAAACAAUGUUCCCAGAUAUGGACGAUGAUGUUAUUGAGGCGGUGCUUCGUGCUAACCAGGGAGCCGUGGACGCAACCAUCGACCAACUGCUAACGAUGAGCACCGACAAUCAAAAUGAGAGGCUUCGGCUGGAGAUGGAGCGCGUAGAGAGCAGUACACCUUCGCGUCGCAGGGAACGACGUAUUACAUCUCGUUGCGGUCAAAACGGUGAAGACAAUGAUACCACUGCGCUCGUAAACGCCGACGAUGACUCAGUCCCGCUGUCCGUUAGAAGAAAAUGGGUUCCAAGAAUGUUGGGGCCCCUACCUCCCAUGUUCCUUCGUAUACCGCCCGGCACAGAUGCAAGAAUUGACUUGAGUCUUGAUAUGGAUGACGACCGUAUUGCAACUUUCCUGCAGAACGAGGAGUUCAUGGCAGAGCUGCGGUGGAAUCAAGAAUUCAUUGCCGCAUUGGAUAGCGAGCAAGGAAAUAAAACCAAAGGUCAUGACGAUGAAGCGGCAUUUAAGGAGAGGCUAAAAAAUAUGGGUAAAAUAUCUCGCAAGAAAUUCGCCCAGCUGUCCCGGAUGUUCUCACGGGGCGGAUCGCGAAAAAGUGGCAAUGCGCGCGCGCCUUCCCGUGGACCUCCCGACAGCUUACUAUUACAAGAAGAGCAUAGCGAUGAAGACGACCGACCACACACGCAGAACAUCAAAAUAUAACUCAUGUGUCCGCAAACAGUGUCCACUGUGGACCCGUUCAGUUACAUUUCUAUACUACCGUUUAAUUGCACAGUUGAAACAUACAUUUUAUCGCAGUGUAUAGACUGAGAACUGUAGCUAAAACCCUAAAAGGUUUAGCCUGUGCAGUUGGGAUUGUCUGAUGUACAGAGGAUUGCUAAAAUCGUAGAUUGGACUGCGCAGCGCUAUGCCAUUAGGUUGUGUAGUCCAAUCAGAUUGCCAUGCUUAAGUGAAAAAGACUUUUAUCGAAGGGCCUUAUAGGAGAUGCACAAGGUUUCGCAUAAGACUGGGAUUGUUUAGGUAAGGUUGCAUUAGUUUGUUGUUGUUGGAAGCUUUUACGAAGAAAGUAGGUUACAUUGUUUAACCGCCUUGUUAAAUUAUUUAUAAUUUUCGUUUUGUAAGAUAAGCUGACUUCAGAAUAUAAGUGCUUAGUGGAUUAAUUCAAUAAAAGUUAAAGUGCGCCUAUUUUUUACAUUAAAAACUAUAUAAUUAUAACUCU